AUGGCCAUAUCACUGCUGCCCAAAGAACUCCGCUUACAAAUUUGGGCCAAUGUAUACUUCAACGAACCACCUCGGCUAGUGGCUUUGGAAACCAAGCCUCACGAUGAGGGGCACGACGAGCAGCACUUUUGUCCACGAUAUUGCCCCAGCUCGGCUCCCAUAGCCGUGAACCUGUGCCGGGAGUCGCGUACAGAAGCCCUUUAUCAGGCCACCAAGGCGAACCAUAUCGUCCAUCUCCCAACUGGACUCGCAGGAACCAGUUGUGACGAUUUCUAUUUCCGCGUCGACACAGACAUUCUACUGCUUCAGCUCCAUGGGCCGCGCGUGAAACACUACGAUGAUUCACCAGAAGUGGGUUUGUUGGCUCAUUUUCUCCUUGCGACUGGCUGCCAUCCAACAAAACUGAGAAAUAUUGCCAUAACAAAAGUUAUUCUACACGGGUUUCGAGACGGCAGUCUGUCCAAUGUUUUGCGGAGUUUUCCCAACAUCUCACGCAUGGUCAUGAUGCUGACAGAAAACAUUUGGGACAACGAUGCACAGAAAGAACUGUUUGUUCGUGCAGCUGCGCGAAUAGUACGUAUGUACAAACUCGAUCUCAUGAACCACGCUCGCACCUCGGGUGAAAUAUACAAAGCACAUCCCUUUGAUGUCGACUUUGCCACGCUUCGUUGUGGGCAUCUAGAUAUAGUUCCCAAGGACGUGUGGAGAGACUGGAGCGAUGGCGGCGACGAGUGGGCGACACUAGAUAAUUCCGAGCCCUUUUGGUAA